ACUCGCACCGACCGGAUACUCUCUCUCUCCUCUCCUCUCUCCUAUUUCUUAACUCCUCAAUCCAGUUAAAAAGAAAAGAAAAAGAACUUGAAACAAAUUUUUAUCGCGAUUUGGUUUUAAAGUUUGUUCAUUCAUCUCAUCUCUCGAAAGUGUAACACGACGACCGUUACAUUAGACGCCAGUUUGAAGAAGAUAAAAAACAAUCGAAAUUUUGGCGGCUUGUCGCAUUCUCAGUCGAUCCAUGUGCGGAAGCAGUUUAGAGGCCAGCACCAUGCCGCGCUCCUUCCUCGUCAAGAAGAAUCAAAAUUACAGCCACUGUCCGCUCAAGAAGCGGCCGCUCUCCUAUUUCCUGCAGGAGAGUCUCGAAGCCGAAUCAGUCGCUGCCACAGAAGCCGCGCUGGUGACGUCGGCCAUGAGCGAAGAGCCGGAAAAUCUGAGCCUGAAACCGGAGGAUCGCUACGCGGCCGCCGAGCGUGAGCGCCAGAAUCAGAAGCGACUCCGCACUUUAUUGGAAGCGUCGGCGGCGGUGGGAUCUUCGAUGACGCCGGCCGCUUUGUCGCCACCGCCGGCCCACCAGCCGCACAAAUCGUGGACGCCACCGUUGGGCUACCACCACCACUACGCGCCGGAACAUUCGGUUUCGCACAUCAUCUCCCAGGCCAGCAGCAGCCCGUCGCUGGCCGCCAAAUUGUCGACGCCUUUGGAGCCGCUGCACUUGAACAACCAGAUCAACGUGGCCGUGCCUUACCACCCCCACCACCACCACACCCAGCACCAGUACGCGCCUUACCUGCCGUUCAACUUUCCCGCCUACCGCUCGUUCAGCACGGCGGCCAUCAGUCCGCUCUACCCGGCCGUCGCCGCCUCCAACAGCAGCCCGCACCGGCCCAGCAGCGAGCAGCUGUCGCCGUUCGCUCCCAGCGAGUCGGCCAGCCAGCAGCAGAGCUCACCGCGAGUCCAGUGGCCGGAAUCGGUGGCCAUCAGCAGCGCCGUGGCUUUGAAAUUGUCAGAGUCGACCAGCGACAUUGAAGAUCUUUCCUCACCGGCCAGCGGAUCCAGCGGAUGCGAGGAGAGCGGAACCGAGUCGCUCCUCCACCAUCACCACCACCACCGCCACAGCCCGCCGGCCGGCCUUGUGCGGAGUAACAAGAAAACCGGAAGCAGUGCCUCAUCCACUUCAUCGGCCUCUUCAGCGUCUUCGACGUCGGCCGGAACGACGACGACGGCCCGCUACCAGUGCCCCGAUUGCCACAAGUCGUACUCGACCUACUGCGGCCUGACCAAGCACCAGGAGCUGCACUGCGCGGCCCAGCAGGCGGCCAACAAGAAAUCCUUCAGCUGCAAGCACUGCGAGAAGGUCUACGUCUCGCUGGGCGCCCUCAAGAUGCACAUCCGCACGCACACGCUGCCGUGCAAGUGCCUGCUGUGCGGCAAGGCCUUCUCACGGCCGUGGCUCCUGCAGGGCCACAUCCGGACGCACACGGGCGAGAAGCCCUUCUCCUGCCCGCACUGCUCCCGCUCCUUCGCCGACCGCUCCAACUUGCGCGCCCACCUGCAGACGCACUCGGACGUCAAGCGCUACUCGUGCAAGUCGUGCGGCAAGACUUUCUCGCGCAUGUCGCUCCUCUCCAAGCACGAGGACGGCGGAUGCGGCUGCGGAGGGGCCAGCAACGCUUCCAGCGGCAGCUCAUCCGCCUCCUCGCCGUCGCCCAACGGCGCCCAGCAGCAGCAGCAGCAGCUCCUGGCCGUUGCCAAGCGAGAAGUCGCUUGAAAAGACGAAGAAAAAGUAG